CAGAACAACAAAUCAAGGCCUGCCACUGAUCCUCUGUCCCCAAGCUCGGCAUGGCGGUCCCACCCUACCUCCUCCUCCUCCUGUCCUCUACGCUGCUUUUCCCCGGCGCCGCCGCGUACUCGGAGUACUCGUGCAAUGGCACCACGGGCAGGUUCACCUCCGGCGGCGCGUUCGCCGCCAACCUGGGCCGCCUCGUCGCGGCGCUCCCCGCCAACGCCUCCUCCUCCCCGUCGCUCUUCGCCUCGGCCGCCGUCGGGGCCGCCCCGGACACGGCCUACGGCCUCGCGCUCUGCCGCGGCGACGUCGCGGAGCCCGGGGCCUGCUCGGCGUGCCUCGCCGGCGCGUUCGCCAGGCUGCGCCGGCUCUGCGGCGCGGACAGGGACGCCACCUUCUACGCGGAGCUGUGCACGGCGCGGUACUCGGGCGGCGACUUCCUGGCGCGGCCCGGCGACAACUCGCCGGUGAUCAACGCGCUGGACGUGAACGGGUCGACGUACUACGGGUGGGACGCCCGGAACGCGACGAGCCGGACGCUGUUCCUGUCGCUGGUGGGCACGCUGCUCGGGGAGAUGGCCAUGUACGCCGCCUACAACUCCUCGGCGGCGCGCAUGUUCGCGAGCGCCGCCAUGUACGUCAACCCGCAGCUGCCGACGGUGUACGGCUUCGUGCAGUGCACGCCGGACCUCUCGCGGGGCCAGUGCUGGGACUGCUUCCAGGGCCUCCAGGACCUCAACCGCCGGUGGUACGACGGCCGCGAGGGAGGCCGCAUCCUCGGCGUCCGCUGCAGCUUCCGCUACGAGGCCUACCAUUUCUUCGCCGGCAUGCCGGAGGUCAGGAUUGGCCUGCAGGGCGACGCAUCUUCUUCGUCAACUCCUGGAAGCCGCGGAAGCAGCCACAAGAAGGUCGUAAUUGUCGCUCUCAUCGUAUCAAUCACGGCGUUCUGCGCAAUACUGAUGGCCGGGCUUUUGAUAAUCCGAACACAAAGACAGCGAGCCGAGAAGAGGAAGAAGCUGCAGCUGCAGGCGCAAUCCCGGAACAGCUCCGCGACAGAAGAGGCGCUCAAGCUGUGGCGGAUUGAGGAGAGCAGCACGGACUUCACGCUGUACGACUUCGCCGAGCUGGCCGCCGCGACGGCCGACUUCUCCGACGAGAACCUGCUCGGCAGAGGCGGCUUCGGGCCGGUUUACAAGGGCAAGCUGCCAGACGGCGCCGAGAUCGCGGUGAAGCGGCUGGCGGCGCACUCCGGGCAGGGGCUGGAGGAGUUCAAGAACGAGAUCCAGCUGAUCGCCAAGCUGCAGCACACCAACCUGGUCCGACUCAUCGGCUGCUGCGUCCAGGAUGAGGAGAAGCUGCUCGUCUACGAGUACAUGCCCAACCGCAGCCUCAACUGCUUCAUCUUCGACCCGCAGCGGGGGACGCAGCUGGACUGGGAGAAGCGGCGGCGCGUCAUCGAGGGGGUCGCGCAGGGGCUCCUCUACCUGCACAAGCACUCCCGGGUGCGCAUCGUCCACCGGGAUCUCAAGGCCAGCAACAUCCUGCUGGACAAGGACCUCAACCCCAAGAUCUCCGACUUCGGCAUGGCCAGGAUCUUCGGCUCCAACAUGACGGAGGCCAACACCAACAGGGUCGUCGGCACAUAUGGCUACAUGGCUCCGGAGUAUGCUUCGGAGGGCAUCUUCUCGGUGAAGUCCGACGUGUACAGCUUCGGCGUGUUGCUACUGGAGAUCGUCAGCGGCAGGAGGAACAGCGGCCACCACCACCACUACGGCGACUUCGUCAAUCUCCUCGGAUAUGCAUGGCAGCUGUGGAGGGACGGGAGGGCGUGCGAGCUGGUCGACCCGGCGCUGGGCGAGCGCGGCGACGCGGCGGCCAUCGUGCGGUGCGUCAAGGUGGCGCUGCUGUGCGUGCAGGACAGCGCCGCGGACCGCCCCACCAUGGCCGACGUGACGGCGAUGCUGGCCGCCGCCGGCGACGGAGGCGGCGGCGGGGCGUCCGGGCCGCUCCCGGACCCGAGGCGGCCGCCGCACUUCUCGCUCAGGGCGACGGCCGGCGGCGGCGGCACCACGUCGUCGUGCUUCAGCACCAACGACCUCACCAUCAGCUCCUCCAUCCAGGAGGGAAGAUGAUGACUUGUUCGCGCAAACACCUCCUCUCUGAUGAUGGGGAUCGACGCGAUCGAGCUGCAUGCGUGUGAGAUGGGAAUUGGAGCGGUCGAUUGGCGGUUGUCACGAGUUGCAGAUGAGGCGAGACGUGUUCUUGCCUUCUUGGGUACGUUACGUCGUCUGUUGCUGUGAGACCGUGACAUGUCACAUGGCGAUUGUUGUACGUGUGCUAUGAUGAUUGUGCACCGCUGUACGCACGCAAAUGCUGGCAUUGAUUGGGGACAUGCAUGUGGCGGUGCUGCUUUGACGGCGAGGAGUCGAGUCGGUGGUGAUCUGUGGGCGGCAGGCUUCAUUCAAAAGGGGUCGCUUUCGGAAUCGGGGGGUGACUGUGUGUGUGUGUGUCGCAGACAAUUCGAGCCGUCCAAAUGCGAGCCUGAUGAAUGAUCAGUAAAUGACUUGGACGACAAA